UAGUAUACCAACCAAUAAUACAAAAUUGAGUUUUCCCUUUCCGUUCAAUUUUCGACAAAAGACGUAUGCUAUAUUGCUAUGUAAGAAAAUUGCUUGUUCGUGCUCUGUUUUCGGGACUACGGGUGGAUGUUUGAUUAUUUCGACAUAAACGUUUGUGAAAGCGAUGAUACACUUUUUGUUUUUGUUAUGCGUAAAUUUGUUUUUUGUUUAGUUUGAUAUGUGACUACAACGAAAUUAUUUAAACAUAUAAUAUGCAUUUUUACAAUGGAUCUAAUUGACGAGAGAGACAGGUGUUGGGAUCAUAAAAUAUUUGGUGUGCGUACCUUUUGCAGUUAAUUUGCAAUGCUUGCAUAUGGUGCGAAUUGUUUGCAUGGAACGACACAGUAUUUUUCAAGGACUGGGAUAACGUCCCAACUCUACAACAAAUCGUAAUUCAUUCUGAAUAUUAUUGCAAAAUAAGUCCAACAUGGCGGAACAUCAAGGGAAUUCUUCAAAUCAAAUAAGUCAAGCCAUGACUAGCAGUGAAAGGUCUUGCCCGUACGAAAACCUGGACCUAAGACCGUCAACUGAUAAUGAAUUCCAACACACCGAUUUUUCAGCGGAGAAGCGGAGGCAGUUGAAACUGAGUUUGGGAUCCGGUGGGGGCUUCCCAUUUGGCAGCGGUGGUAACAGUUCAUUCCAAACAUUCAUGUGCAGACCAAUGCAGACAGUUCCAAAUUCGACAAAUGACGAGAGGCACAACUCAAGCCCUGUGCCGGUGAGGGACGGCGUGUCGUCCCGAGUGCGACCCGUGAAUCAGGAGCCCUUGGUGGACAGGUCACGUUUUGGGCCAUCAGAUCGCACGAAAAUCAGGGAUAAAUUCAGAAUGUGUCAAAGUGUCCAAUCGACUGGAAAACUCCAAGUAUCUCCAGAGUCUGUGUAUGAUUUUACAUCCGAAGACCUACAAGACCUAGGUGAAAUUGGACGGGGAGCUUUUGGGACUGUUAAUAAGAUGGUGCACAGGCGAAGCAACACUGUUAUGGCAGUGAAGAGGAUACGUUCAACUGUCGAUGAAAAAGAGCAAAAGGAGUUACUGAUGGAUUUGGAAGUUGUCAUGAAAUCCAAUGAGUGUCCAUACAUUGUCCAGUUUUACGGAGCACUUUUUAAAGAGGGAGACUGUUGGAUUUGUAUGGAACUAAUGGACACGUCACUAGACAAAUUUUAUAAAUUUAUCUAUGAAAAAUUGAACCAGAGGAUACCAGAAUUAAUAUUGGGAAAAAUUACAGUAGCUACUGUAAAAGCACUCAACUACCUGAAAGAGAAGCUGAAAAUUAUCCAUCGAGAUGUUAAGCCAAGCAACAUACUUUUGGACAAACGAGGGAACAUUAAGCUGUGUGAUUUUGGCAUCUCUGGUCAGCUCGUAGACUCAAUAGCUCGAACACGGGAUGCAGGAUGUAGGCCGUACAUGGCGCCAGAAAGGAUAGAUCCUCAACGAGCCCGUGGCUACGAUGUACGUUCAGAUGUAUGGUCGCUAGGCAUAACGCUGUUCGAAGUGGCAACCGGUCGCUUUCCAUAUCCAAAGUGGAACUCUGUCUUUGAGCAGUUGUACCAAGUGGUGCAAGGAGACCCGCCAAGGCUUUCUCCCAACGAGAAUGGCAAUCGCUUCACGGAGGAUUUUGUCAACUUUGUUAAUACUUGCUUGAUAAAAGAGGAGAACCAGCGACCAAAGUACAACAAGCUCCUGGAGCACCCGUUCAUCUGCAACAGCGACGAGGCGAGCAUCGACGUUGCGGAGUACGUGAGCACCGUACUGGAUGACAUGGCCAACAACGGGGACACUGCGUUCACCACGAACCUGCCCUGAUGGCUGCUCGCUCCGCGUCGCUCCGGGGAGUGCCCCGCGGGCUCCAGCUAAGGGGGCCGGCAGCCGCUUCUCCUACCUUACCUUCAGCACCAACCUGGUUCUCUGUGCUCCACCAUUUAAAAAAAAAAAAAAAUUAACCACAUUGAUAAGGAUGCUGGCACUUGUCGUUCAGUUUUGUGUUUUACUCUGAGGGGGGGAAAAACCAGUAAUGGGAUUUUUACUUCUUUUUUUUUCUUCCAAUUAGUAUAUCAUGCCACUAGAUUGUCUAUGGUAUACUUUCCUCAGCUUGAAUUUUAUUUAUGGAUGUGCGAUUUUAGGAUUAAAAGGGUUUCCGCAUUCAGGGAAUGUUAGGUAAUUUACUUGAAAUUCUGGGAUAAGUAUGAAAAUUCCCCAGUGGUAGUAAUGUUCCAGUCUGCCAUCACAGACUGUGAAAGUGUUUUUUUUUUUUUUUUUUUUUUAAAUUAUUUACAGCAUAGUUGUACAUACUAGGAAAUGGUGUGUGCAAGGUUAUAUUUGAAAUGAAGGAAAGUGGAUUGAUAACUAGGCCAGCUGUGGGAAUAGGGGCUGGAUUUUAUUAUUUCUUCUAGAGUAUUACAAAAUUGGUAGAUAUUUUGUAUAAAAAAAUUUAGGGAAAUUUGAUAUUUUAGUUGGGGAAAGUGAGGGAAAUUUUAUUACAGAUUUGUGUGGACAUCCUGCUUAAGUUCGUUAGAUUAUUCUAAUUACGUAGUAAGUGGCCUUAGUCUGUAGCUCUCUCUUUUGUAAAGGAGUGUGAAUAUUGGACUGAAAUUGGAAAAUUGUGUAAAGCAUCCACUAGGCCUGUGCAAAACUUUGACUUGCAAAUCAAUCAAAGCUCUUUUUAAUAUUAGAUUUGACCUAGCCAGAAAAUUUGCUAUUCGUUUUAUUUGAAGCUUUGUUGUGAUGCAAAGCUUCGCGUAUGAUGUGAAGCUUCACAUUUGUUGCAAAGCUUUAAAACAUUGGAAGCCUAAGAUUCACUCAUGAAAAUAUUUAAUUUUUUUUUUGUUGUGUAUGUUUUGCUUGAAUGAAGUUGGUUACUUAAAAAAAUCAAGAGGUGGCACUCCAUUUACUUGUAUGAAUGCUCAUUUUACAAUUUUUAUUAAGUGAUAUGUUAUACAUAGGGCCCAAUUGGUUAAUCACUUAAAUCAGUUCAAACAUUACAAGUGCUAAACAAUUACUGUCUAACUUCAAUCUUGCAUUUUAUAAAGUAAGUGUAAUAUAGCUUCGCCAAUAACAAUACUACCAAUUUUAUUCGACUUUGUGAAUAUUUUCAAUAUUUGAUUUGAUAUUCACUUGCAUAAAAAAAAAACUAGUAUUUGUGCAGGCCUAACAUCCAACAUUAAUAUAGUAUUUAAUUUUUUUAUGUUUAUCCAUAGAUGUCACAUUUGUGUGAAUUUACUUGCACAUCAUAAGAAGUAAUCUGAUUGCCAUUUAUGGAGUUUUAUUAUUGCAGGCUGCUUACUGCACCAUUUAAGCGUGUUUAGUGCAGCGGGAUUAUUUGUUUAUCAUGCCAUAAACUUGCAAUUCAAAAAUAUUUAAAUCCCCACGAGGAAUCAAAACACGCACUGUAUUUUCUGGCGCGUAAAUGAAGAUUUUAUGCAAGAUCGAAGAGUUUAUAGCUGUUGCUCAUUUUAUGACGGGUACCAUAACAUGACUUAAUUGAGAGAGACAGCAAAAUGAAAAUAUUUUAUUAUAUAGCUCCUCUACAGUCAUGUAAUUACCUCAUAAAUUAAUUUAGAUUGCAUGUGGAUACCCAAUGUUGAUCUACUUCCAAGUCCAAGAUCUACUGUUCUCACUUCUUAUACGGAGUUGCACAAUUAAUUUUCAGUUUUAUAUGAAGGAACUUGAUCUCGUCUUAUGUCUUGAUAUGCUGUAAACUACGGAAUGUUGGGUCAAAUAAGAGAUACCAUAAUUUUUUUCUAAUUUUUUUUAAUACUUUAUUUGUGGGAUUGUAUAUAAUAUUACACAUGUUUUGUUUUAGCAGAAACAAUACUUGUGAUUUGUUUUAGACUAUAUUUUUAUAGUUGCUAUGACUGUGGCCUCUUUCACUGAGUUGAUGAAGUUUGUAGUUGCUGAUCAUGACAAGAGUCAAAGUUACAGAGUAAGGCUCUUACCUAUCUAAACUAUAUUAGCUUAGAGUUAUGUCAGGUGUGACUGAUUUAUUGCUAGCUGGCAUCGUUAUUGACUGCUAUUCAGAGUAUGAUUUGAGGAAUUUUUGGGUGACAAGUCUGUUAAAAUGACUACCGUCCUUGGAAGCUUAGGUAUAGUAUAGCAUAGCAUUUUCGUAAGCAUUUGUGAAAUUUAUUGAAUUAUCAUUGUAGCAUGUGAUGUACUAAAAAUGAUUCGUUAAGUUUUUUAAGACCUUUGGCGUAUUGCCAGGUCUGCAGUGUUAGAAAUGGCUGCUGUGGUUUUGUAUAGUUUUCCAAAAAAUAAUGGGUUUGGAGUUUGAUUUUAUUUUUUGAUCCUGUUCUUUCAAUGUGGUUAUUUUUUGGUGAUUGGUUAUGUUUUAAAGACUGCAGGUCAUUUUCUUAUAGAAAGAUCAAUGUACUUAAAAUAAACUAAUUUAAUGAACCUGGAUGGAAUUGUUAUUUCUGAACACUAUGUAUAAAUGCUUUAAAUUCAUUCAAGUAAAGCAAAUAUUUCAUUCCUUUUUUUUUAAUGACAAUCUUAAAGUUAUGGUGGCAUGUUUGAACAUUGAUAAAAUUGUUAGGAAUAAUCUCCCUCCAAUAUUGAAGCUUUCAUGAGUAGUAGAAAAUAAUAGUUGCAGAUGAAGUUCUAUUUUGCAAAGCUUAGAUUUAAUUACUGUAAAGGUCAGUGCACUGAAGGUAGUAUCAGAAAUGACCUGAUUUGAAAUGUGAUAUUUUUUUUCUGUUCUGAUGCAAAAAUGAUUAAUUUGUAUUAAACCUUUGCAUACUGUAAAUUUUUGCAAAGCAUUUCUGGCUUGGUUGAAUGAAUCUGUUUGGGAUGAUAAAAUGAUAGUUACUUAUACAACUGUGAAUGUUUAUGGAAAACUAAAAGGUUUGUAUGGAGUUUCCAGACAAUAUAUGUAUUUUAAAAGGUACAAUUGCAAUUUGCAAUUACAUAUGUAAGACAUUAAUUAAAAGUACAACUUUUUAAUGCCUCCCCUCUGCAAUAAAAAGUUUUUUACGUUGACAUUCUUUUUUUUUCUUGCCAUAGUGUGUGCUUACAUGCAUAUAUAUGAAUACACGUGUGAAAAACACAAAACCCAUUAUUAUUCUUAGUGUUAAACAGCUCGCAAGAAAUUUUUUUUGUUUUUUUUUUUCUACCUUUUGCUACCUCAAAAUGCUUGCUAUUACAAAAAUCACUUUUAAACUAUGUAGAAUCAGUCUCGCAAUAUUAAAAUGUUUUACGCAAUAGCAAUACUAAGUAAGUUACACUGCACUAAUUUCAAUAGUGGUAGUUCAGCAGUUGUGUUCUUAUGAUAUAACUUAAAUUGCAAAACUGCAGUACCUCGUGAUCUGCUUGUAUGCAAGAUUUAAAUACAUAUUUCUUAACUGUAGUUUUGUCUAGGAACUUGCUUUGUAUAUUGUGUGACUGAAAUGAAUAACAUGCACUAUCUGAAUUUACCUAUCCUGUUUGAUGUUGUAUGAGCUCAUUUUGUACUACUUACAUGCUGAUACAAAUUCUUUGCUGUAAAAUAUAAAAUUACAUAAAAAAUGUUCUAAAAAAGUUUUUGUUAGUACCAGAAAAAUUGAAGUCUUCAAAUUAAUAAUUUUAAAUUUGUGAUGUUUGUGUUAUUGUUUAAGUAAUCCUUCAAUACAGAAUGGAAUAUGCGGUGCAGGGAAUGGCCUUAAACACAUCAGUAUUUUAUAAAUUUUAAUUUUAUUAUUUUAUGAUACACACUAAAUAUUGAUGCGCCCUUAAUUCCAUAAGUAGUGCAGUCAUUGUUGACAGUGGUAGGAUUACCAAGCUCUAAGCUACAAGCCAAUUACUAAAACUGCACUUCAUUGUUUGCUAAAAGGCUCGGUUAGCUUAGCUACCUUUUUUCUUUUAAAUUUUCACCAGCCUGAUGCACCUAACUAUAACUGUAAAAUGGAAAGAGAAAAAAAACUCUUAACUUUAAGGUCUAUACCAGUAAAGUGGUAACUUAUUAACAAGUAUGGGAUAUUAACGAGAUGUUUGAAGGUACAAGAGUUUUGAAAAGCACUGUGAGUUUUCACUGUACAAAUCACAGUAAAUUCAUACAGUACUUACAGGAACUUUUCUGGUGCCAUUUUUGUAAUUGCAAGCUACUUGGAAAUGCUUUUUUUUUUUUUAUCUUUCUGCAAGCAUCAAUCUGUGUAAAGCAAUGUGAAUUUUGCUGCAGGUCGCUGCUGAAAGCCAUUGUUCACAAUGUGGCUAAUGGAGAGUAGCAAAUACUACACCAAGGGAAAGAGAGGUAAAAGAGAAAAGGGGGGAAGAGGGUGAGGGAGCGACCAAAGGAAGCUGGAGGGCCCCUAAGUAAGACAACCUUCACGUCUGCUGUUCCACGCUCUUUUUCACUGUCUAAGGGCAGGGGGUGGUGUGUAACGGCCAACGUCUCAGAGACAGCUUCGUCCCUCCACGUAGGCAUAAAUUGAAACUAAGAGGUACAAAAAUUUAUUAAAAACCAUUUUGAAUAAUGUAUAUAAACCAAAGAUAUUCAUACUAUGCGUAUUUUCUAUUAUGAAUUUUUUAAAAGUGUGGGAUUUUAACUUUUGGCUUAAAGUAUUUUAACCAUUAUUCUCCUCUUACAAGUAGAGUUGAUGACUAGGCUUAUGUUCAGGGUUAACGUUAAUUUGAAAAAUAAUGUACAGAUUUUAAUGAUAAAGGAGUCCCCGUAAAGAUAAACAAUAGGCUUUCAAAAAAAAUGUGUGAAAAUCAGUUAAGCAGUUUUAAAAAAAAAAAAUUAAACUGUUUUGUGCACAUUGGAGGGGUGAGUCAAUUUAGUUGUAUGCGAGCGUGUGCAACAGAUAUUUCUUGUGUUUCAAAAGAGUUAAGUUUAAGGCCAGGUAUUACAUAUUCCAGUUUGUGUUUAAAACUUUAAAUGUCAAAAAUAUUUCAGAAUCAACAAUGUUUAUUUAAAAUACACUAAUACAACAUUCAGUGUCCAUGCUAUUAUAAUUUAAUGACUUUGAUUUUUUGUCAUAAGAGUUAAUAAACAAUAAGUUCAAAGAGCUUACAAAUUUGUAGUGCCUGAUGCAAAAUUAAUAGGGUUGUGCGAUUCCAUGAUUUUCAGUUCGAUUCGAUUCCGAUUCUAUUCUCACCACAAGAGUUGAAAUUCGAUUCCGAUUUUGAUUCUUUGGGUAACUUUAUCUACAUAGUCAUUAGUCUGGUAGGACUAACUAAAAAAAAUUUCAUUUAUUUUGAACCAUAUGUAUUUAACUUAAAUGAAUGAAAAAUACAAUUCUUGACGACUGCGGCCUUUAAACUUGCCACAAUUUUCAAUUUUCAUCCAUUACUUAUUUAAUCACUUCACCACUGUUUAAAGAUGUCAAAUGUUACCAACGGUAAAGUCAGCUGCCUCACUGGAGUCACCGAGAUAGUGCGAUGCGUGCUGCGCUAAGAAGUAUAAUUUAUUAAUUAACCUACAUUUGCACAUAUGACGUAUGCAGCAUGGCCUAGCCAGUAGGUUUAUUUAAAUUAAAUCCAAUAAGUAACAUUUAUUUCUUUGUUUUUUCAACAAGAUCUGUUCCCCUAAAAAUGGAAAAAAUACGUAAAUUUGAUUAAUUUAUUAACUUCACGAAGCUAAACCACACAACAAUGAUCAGCUUUAAUUAAGUUUUGUAAAAGGCAAAAGCAUAAACAGUAAACAGUACUUCGAUACUGACAGAAUGUUACGAUUCAGUGAUUCGAUUCCUUUGUGUUGGCACGCGCGAUCUAUGAUAAAUGGUGGCCUGUCACUGUAGCCUACAACUCACGUAGUUUCGGUUCCCUACCACGUUCGUGCAACUUCAUAUUUCUCUCAAAAAUUGAAAUUAAAAAAAAUCGAAGGGUUAGGUUAGGUUAGGUUAGGUUAGGUUAGGUUAGGUUAGUCACAACAUGCUUGUUUUCAUUGGAAACUUCUGAUUUAGCGGCUGAAGUGGUGUUAAUACCAAAACGCAAAACUUCGGAAAUAUUCGGAAAUUCUUGCAGGGAACCGAAACUACGUGAGUUGUAGGCUUCCCGGCAUGUCAACUGGUCUACACGUCCGGCACCGCUAAAAUAUUUUUAUGUCGUGAAUGUUUUAAUGUUGGUUAUUCUGUUAACAGAAGACAGUCACAGAAUGGCGAUCUUUAUAAAUGUAUGAUUGAACAAGGAACUAUUUUAACUGUUAACAGAAAAUAGUGCGUUUAUGGUCGUAAAAUUCAUUUUUAAUAUGUGUUAUUUAUUUUUCAAAACAAAUAAACCAACAAUAUUUUUUUCCCGUGCAACGUGAGAAAUGGUCAUGAGUAAUAUGCCGUAAGUAGGCAGAAAUAAAAAUGUUUGAGCAGAUUGUUAAACUAUUUCAUAAACAAGCAGUUUUCGUAAGGUAUUUAUCUUUGCAAGCCUAAACAGUUAGUGGUUCUGAACGUGUAAAUUAUAUCAUACACGAUCUUUGAAAAAAAAAUUAAUGUUCGGCCUAACCUAUAUUUCAUAACGUUAUGAAAUUUGCUUGAGUGAAAGUGUGCGGCAAUUUUACGAGUUACAUUAAUUAUAAUUGACGAAUAAAUUUAUUUCUAGCAAUCAGUUAAACGGUAACCGUCAAUUUCUUACUUCGAUUUUUUUUUUUUUUUUUUUUGAAAAAUUUGCCAGGAUUUUUCGAUUCCAAAUUUUAGUUUCGGUUCCGGGUUCGAAUAGUUGAGGAAUCGAAUCGAAGUUGAAAUUAUCGAGUACCCGCACAUCCCUAAAAAUUAAUAUUUAAAUCAUGUUUAUUUUAUACUUAAAAAUAAAGCACCACCGUGUAUCAAUUCAGUACAAUUUGUCAAGGGUUUAGUUGUGUUUUUCAAUAGUGUUCAAUAUAGUGCUAGUAGGUAAUCAAAAAAAAAGUGUUACACAUGUUAAGUGUUUAUGCUCAUGCCACAGUUUUGUCUAUAGACAUUUGUGAGUAUUGUAACUAAGCAUUUUAAGUGGCAUUUGCAGCCAUGUAAAAAAAAUGUAGAAGGGAAAAUAAUGCCAAGUACCUGGUUGUUAAAAUUUUGCUGGCUUUUCAGGUUCCAGAGAAUACUUAAGUGGUAAAUUGGUUUUUACUAUGUUACUUUUAUGUAUAUGUGCAAUUGAAUUUAUUUAGACUACAUAAAAAUUGUAAUCUUUCAAAUGUAUAGUUCAACUAUGACUGAAAAUCAAGUUGCAUAGGGUUUAAGUCAUCUGUUCACUGACAUUGGACAGUGGAACACUAAAGUUACCUAUUGAUAAAAAAUUAAAAAGGAAUAUGUUGUGAAGUACUGCAUUUGUUUUAUGAUACAGCAUUUGAAGCUGUUCCGGACCAUUUACUUGUAUGACAGAACAAUCUGUAUAUGUUACUGUACAUAUUUAUGUGACCUAUGUGUAUAGUUGUUUUUUUGAUUUUUGUUGCAUGUAUUGAAACUUGUACUGUCAGUUGAAGUAUGAGGAAGGAAUUAUGAAUGAGGUACAUAUGUAAAGCAAGGUAAACUGAU